AUGAAGUGCACUUUCGGCAAGGUUGACUUAAUUGAAAUCCCUUUUCUGCUUGCAGCAACAUCGGAUAACAACGCCUUCACGUGUGUUCCGCCGUCGAUCCACGUACUUCAACCACCAUCGACCAGUCUCUACUCUGCCGGCAAGGUGAACGAUGCACCUCAGGCUCCAUUCCGCGUCCCUUCUUCCAACGAUCCCAUCUGGGCUUCCACCGAAGAGUCCGCCACUCUGUCUUCGCCCUACGUUUCUGAGAGCUCCGAUAACGAGGACGGCGAGCCAAAGUGCGCCUGGUAUUCCAUCUACGAGGGUCGAACAAAGGAAGUGUCGGUGUGCAACCUAACGCCGGGUCAGACCUUCCAGUUCCGUGUUCGUGCAACUUCGUGCCGGACAAAUGCACCUGGCCAGAAUGCAAGUCGCAAGAACUCCUCCAACCCAGUCUUCUGGGGUUGCGCCUCAGAAUCAUUGCUUAAAGUCACUACUCCAGCGGUGCCACCGAUAAACCCACCAUCGAACCUCCGUCUGUUUGGUCGCCCGAAACCUACGGGCAUCCGGCUAACAUGGGAUCCGCCAACGUCAAACGGGGGAGCCCCGAUUCUCUCUUAUGAAGUCUGGCAAUCACUAUGCGACCCCAUCUCAGGCAGCCCGAUUAAAUUGCCUUCUCCCAAAAAUGCUUCGCCAAUGGUUACUGUGUCAUCCGAGAGUAUGCAAGAUCUUCACAGUGCUCUGGCCCAGCAUUCUUCACCUCCCGCGCUCUCGGCUCCAAGUUCCGUGUCUUCAAGUCCGCUUCACCAGUCUGGCAAGGCGCCGAACUCGCGUUUGGUGUUCUCAGGUGGGGAAAAUAGUUGCGAAAUCUCUGGGCUGCAUUCAGGGCAGUCAUUUGCCUUCCGAGUUAGGGCUAGGAAUUCGACGGGCUGGUCGGACUGGUCAGAGUGGUGCACAUUCUCGACAGCGCCGUCUCCCCCCGGGGAACCAAGCGGGCCCCCGAGGGUGAAGCCGACGUCCGCGACUAGCGUGGCAGUCAGCUGGGAGCGAGUGGAGCAGACGAACGGUGCAGAGAUUACCGAGUACAGGGUGGAAUGGCAACCGAAUGUGGUCGAACCAUCGGAAACGUGUACGCCGCCAGAACGUGAUCAGGUGGACCUAGUGCUCUCACCCACUGAGAACUCAGUGAACGGAUCAAAAAUUUCCGCUUCUUCGUCGUCAACCUGCCCGCCAACGUGCCCGAAUGACGGGUUCCAACUGGUUUACUCCGGCGGCGAAUGCCACUUUGAGUUGCAUGACCUCCAACCAGCCUCGAGGAUAGCCUUUCGGGUGUGCGCUGUAAACUCCGCCGGAGCGGGCAAGUGGAGUCCCCUGGGGGGCUGCGUUAUGCCGGCCUCCCGACCCGGCCAACCCUCCGGUCUCGCCUUAGACCGCAGCGCCGUCAGCCCCACAGGCGAAGCGGAGACGUGCGUCGGCGGGGUCUCCAUGACAACUGCGCGCCUCGUCUGGAUCGUCCCCGUUGACAACGGCUGUCCCAUUACAAGUACUCCUUAUUUUGUUUUCGUUUCAGUACUAAUUUGUGAUGCAUUGUUUUUGCUCCUAUUGAUCCUUUCUUUCUACAGCUACAACCUUGAGCUAACGCGCUAUAACGGCCACAUUUCACAGGCUUCCCUCACCACCGUCUCGGGUAAUUCAGGCACCAAACAGUUUCCGCUGUGCGUAGACGGAGGGGAUCUUAUUCCAGUCUCUCCGGAACCGCUGUCUUUGGAAGAUGAAUGUAAGGCCGAUGGUGGCGACGUCGGUGGUUGUGACCUUCGUAACGUCCUGUGCAUUUCCGGGUCUCCGAGCCUCCUCUCCUCGUCUUCUUCCUCGCUCUCCCCCAUUCCUUCUGUUGGCGUCGAACCAGGCUCCGCACCGUCUUCAAAUGUCUCGUCAGAGAGCGGUCGACCACGGCAUCACCAUGCCCUCUCCAGACCCUCAAGUCUGAAGGCACGGCAUCUUGCUCCUGGUGGCGGAAGGGCCGUGGAGUACGUCCGAUAUAAACUCACUGGGCUGGACAUUGGAGCGAAAUACAGAGUCCGAGUGCAAGCUCUGAACGCCGUUGGCGUGAGCCCUUUCUCAGGAAUCCUUCACUUCUCCACCCUCCCACAGCUUCCGCCUCCUCCAACUCUGUGUUGUGUCGGCUCCACCGCGGGGAGCAUCAAACUCCGGUGGUCCGCCUCCUCCCCCGACUCAGCACACGACGACAGUGACGACGGCCCCUCCAAGCCGAGACCGUCGACUCCUCCUGCCAACAUUAAAUACGUCCUGGAGAUGAGCAAGAAACCGGAAUCCAAGGGUUGGGUGACUGUAUUUGAGGGGCCGCAGACCUCCUUCAAGGCGCGCAAGCUAACUGAGGCAACGCUCUACUACUUCCGCGUCGCCGCUGUCAAUGUCAGUGGAAAGGGUGCCUUCUCGGAGGUCAUUAGUGAAAAGACCGCUUACUUGCACCCUCCACCUGUUGAUGCUCCCCAAGUGGUUGAGGUCGAUUGUACCGCGUGCAAGCUUCAAUGGCCGGCGUUGAACAGCAUUGGCCAGGAUCCUCUCAUCUAUCUGGUCCAUCUAACUCAAGUGCCCAGCGCCGUGUCGGCGUCCAUUGAGUCCGAGGAAGAUGCCGUGACGGUGUACCGUGGCGCCGAAACCUCGUGCACCAUCACCAACCUCAGCCCGGGACGGAAUUACAUAGCCCGAGUUUGCGCGAUCCGCUGUUGUCAAAAGGAAACUGUCGAUGACCAGUCUCUCACUCCGCCCAAGACGACUUUGCAGUGCAACAACAGAGACAUCGACCAAGACGCCGAUGCCUCACAGCUAACACUUCCAACGCACGCUUCGACUUCUUGUUCACCAAAGAUAACACUCCUCCACGGUCCAUUCUCUGUCGGAACAGCGUUCACAACUCUUGCCCAAAAGCAGACACCGGUUGGUCAGCUCAUCAACUCGCUUUGGUGUCGAACACCCUUCACCAGAGAGCAGUCGACUUUCCCACUACCGACACUGCAUUUUCGACGUCCAAAUCUAACAAGUCACCUGGCGACCCUCACCGCGUGGGUCCACCGCGCCCGAGCAUCUGCGGCCUUCCGACGCCUCAUCAUCCGCCCAGCGACUUCUUCGCGGGAUCGUGCUCAGCGACGAAUGGCCUGUUUACUCGUUGUCGGCUUUGUUCUCUUCACACUCCUUUGUGCUUGGUUUGCGAACCAAUUUCUCCUCAAAUUCUCCGACGAAUCGCCAGCAGUCAGGUGGCCCGGUGGCGGUGCUCUGGAGGACAGCAGUUCGUCGGCUCGCGCUGCCCUCUACGCAACGCGUGGACGUCAACACCAUCAACCGUGA